CCGGGGGCGCACGGGGCGCGGGGCAGCGGCGAGCCCCGGGCAGCGGCCAAGCGGCCUCCCUGCGCGCUGCGCUGGGCCCCGGGCCCGGGAGCCGCCCACUGCCCCCCCGCGCUCGGCCCGCCGCGGGGCGCCCGCCCUCUAUAUAGCGCGCCCCUGCAGGGCCCGUGCCAUGCCGCGAGCCACGCCGUGGGCGCCCCGCAGCGCGCGCUGCCCCGGAGCCAGCCUCCCGCCAGCAGCGCCCCCGCCGCCCCGACGGGCGCCUCGCGCCGCGGCCGCCGCCUGGCCCCCGCGGCCACCAUGAAGAAGGAGGUGUGCUCCGUGGCCUUCGGCAAGGCCGUGUUCGCCGAGUUCCUGGCCACCCUCAUCUUUGUCUUCUUCGGCCUCGGCUCGGCCCUCAAGUGGCCCUCCGCGCUGCCCACUAUCCUGCAGAUCUCUCUGGCUUUUGGCCUGGCCAUCGGCACCCUGGCGCAGGCCCUGGGGCCAGUGAGCGGCGGCCACAUCAACCCGGCCAUCACGCUGGCCCUCCUAGUGGGCAACCAGAUCUCACUGCUCCGCGCCAUCUUCUACGUGGUGGCCCAGCUGGUGGGCGCCAUCGCAGGCGCGGGCAUCCUGUAUGCACUGGCGCCACUCAAUGCCCGUGGCAACCUGGCCGUCAAUGCGCUCAACAACAACAUAACGCCUGGCCAGGCGGUGGUGGUGGAGCUGAUCCUGACCUUCCAGCUGGCGCUCUGCAUCUUCUCCUCCACCGACGCGCGCCGCACCAGCCCGGUCGGCUCCCCGUCCCUCUCCAUUGGCCUGUCCGUCACCCUGGGCCACCUUGUGGGGAUCUACUUCACGGGCUGCUCCAUGAACCCGGCCCGCUCCUUCGGCCCCGCAGUGGUCAUGAAGAGGUUCAGUCCCGCGCACUGGGUCUUCUGGGUGGGGCCCAUCGUGGGAGCUGCCCUGGCCGCCAUCCUCUACUUCUAUCUGCUCUUCCCCAACUCCCUGAGCCUGAGUGAGCGCGUGGCCAUCAUCAAGGGCACGUAUGAGCCCGAGGAGGACUGGGAGGAGCAUCGGGAGGAGCGGAAGAAGACCAUGGAGCUGACAGCGCACUGAGCAGCGCCAGGCAGGGGCCAGGCCCUCAGCCUCUGACCGAAGGGAAGAAAAGAGAGAAAUCGGCCGAGCAAAGCUUCCUUCUCCCACAGCUGGUCCUCUGGCUGAGGGAAGCGCCGCCUCCACAGGCCGCUCACUGAGGCACAAGCAGGAACCCUGAUGGGACCCAGGGAGGGCCCCAGGGUCAGGGCCCUGGAGGGUUCCAGGGGCAGAAGAGACACAUAUGGGGCCUCAGCUGGGAAGGCAGAGCCCCGCCUAGAGUUACUAGAGUUACCCCGGGGUCUGAGCGGGGUGGCCUGCAGUCUGGGGGCCCUCCCCAGUCCCCCCUUCCCCGUUUAGGAGCCAAGGCUCUCCCUCCCCCAGCUCCCUAGCAGGGGACAGACUGGCUUCUUAAAUGCCACCUUAUUUAUUUCUGGCCGACAGUGUGGGGGAGGGCUGCUGGUG